AUGGCGGACCGUCUUAACUCCACCACCACUGAACAACCGAACGACAACUCGUCGGCCGAUCAGACUUCUAAGUACAAAGGCGUACGUAGGAGAAAAUGGGGCAAAUGGGUUUCUGAAAUUCGCUUACCCAAUAGCCGUGACCGCAUUUGGUUGGGUUCUUAUGACAAACCCGAGAAGGCGGCGCGUGCAUUCGACGCCGCUCAAUUCUGUCUGCGUGGUCCCCAAGCCAAGUUUAAUUUUCCUGAUAGUCCGCCGGAGAUUGACGGCGGAGACCGGCUUUCCGCUCAGGAGAUUCAAGCGGCUGCCGCCAAGUACGCGGAGGAACACGGCAAAGAGGGAGUAGGAAAUGAUCAUGAUGAAGCUCUGGUGACGGUUGAGGGCGGCGGCGUUUGGCCGGAUUGGGAUAUGACGAUGGACGGUGGUUGGGAAUUUGGGUUUGGUGGAAAUGCAAUGAUUUAUGAUGGGAAUAUUAGUUUUGAAGUGCAAGAAAAUAUGGAGGAGAAGGAGGAUUUUGAUAACAAUGGUGGAGAUCAUUUUUGUCAUGAGCCUAAUUUCCUGUGGAACUUUGAUAAUCAUUAA